AUGUCUCGCGAUAUGGGCCCCCCGGCCAAACGACAAAAGGGCCCUGGACACCUCCCAGCAGGCCUGCGCGAUGCGAAACGAAAGGAUAUCGACACCUGGGAAACCAAUCGCAUGCUCACCUCCGGUGUAGCACAACGGCGUGAUCAUGAGGGUGACUUCACCGUGGAGGAUGAGGAAGCCAAUCGAGUACAUUUACUUACCCACGACCUUCGUCCGCCUUUCCUGGAUGGCCGCACGAUCUUUACGAAGCAACUGGAACCGAUAUCCGCCGUCCGAGAUCCACAGAGUGAUCUGGCUGUGUUUAGUCGCAAAGGCAGCAAAGUUGUCCGGGAACGCCGACAGCAGCGCGAACGACAGAAACAGGCGCACGAAGCGACAAAUUUGGCCGGCACAGCACUCGGAAACGUCAUGGGUGUCAAGGAGGAUGAAGGAGACAGUGCAGUCGCUAUGCCUGUUGAGGAUACAUACAAAGGCGGAGGCAACAAAUUUGCGAAGCAUUUGAAAAAAGACGAAGGCGGUGCCAGCGCAUUCAGCAAGAGCAAGACGAUGCGCGAACAGAGGGAGUUUUUACCUGCAUUUGCUGUCCGUGAAGAUCUGUUGAGAGUCAUCCGAGACAACCAGGUUGUUGUUGUCGUGGGAGAAACGGGAUCUGGAAAGACUACUCAAUUGACACAGUUCCUGCACGAGGAUGGUUACUCCAAACACGGUAUGAUUGGAUGCACACAGCCUCGUCGUGUGGCUGCCAUGAGUGUCGCGAAGCGUGUCAGUGAAGAGAUGGAGGUAGACCUCGGUGGUACCGUCGGAUACGCUAUUCGUUUCGAAGAUUGUACAAGCGACGAAACGGUUAUCAAGUACAUGACGGAUGGUGUGCUACUGCGAGAAUCUCUUGUGCAGACGGAUCUUGACAAAUACUCCUGCAUUAUCAUGGACGAGGCUCACGAACGAGCUCUCAACACCGAUGUCCUGAUGGGACUUCUGAAGAAGGUUCUGGCCCGGCGUCGGGAUCUCAAACUUAUUGUGACAUCUGCGACCAUGAACUCAGAACGCUUCUCUCGCUUCUAUGGUGGUGCUCCCGAAUUCAUCAUUCCCGGCAGAACGUUCCCUGUCGAUCUUCACUUCUCCCGCACACCCUGUGAAGAUUAUGUUGACAGUGCGGUCAAGCAGGUCUUGGCUAUUCACGUGUCGCAAGGCCCUGGUGACAUCCUCGUCUUCAUGACUGGUCAAGAAGACAUUGAAUCAACCUGCGAGCUAGUUGAUGACCGCUUGAAACUGCUCAAUGAUCCACCAAAGCUCAGUAUUUUGCCCAUUUACAGUCAGAUGCCCGCUGAGCAGCAGGCGAGAAUUUUCGAGAAGGCCGACCCGGGUGUGCGAAAAGUCAUUGUUGCUACGAACAUUGCCGAAACCAGUUUGACAGUCGACGGUAUCAUGUACGUUGUGGAUGCAGGUUAUUCUAAGCUGAAAGUCUACAACCCGCGCAUGGGAAUGGACACCCUGCAGAUUACACCAAUUUCUCAAGCCAAUGCCAACCAGCGAUCUGGACGCGCCGGACGAACUGGACCCGGCAAAGCAUAUCGCCUAUACACAGAGAUGGCAUAUAAGAAUGAAUUGUACAUUCAAACAAUUCCCGAAAUCCAGCGCACCAGUCUUUCCAACACCGUGCUAUUGUUGAAGUCUCUUGGGGUCAAGGAUCUUUUGGACUUUGACUUCAUGGACCCACCCCCUCAAGAAACCAUCUCUACCUCCCUAUUUGAACUGUGGUCGCUAGGUGCUCUGGAUAACCUGGGUGACCUCACACCUCUAGGUCGCCAAAUGACUCCGUUCCCUAUGGACCCUACCCUCGGCAAGCUGAUCAUCAUGGCCGCGGAAGAAUACGAAUGCAGCGAGGAAAUGUUGACCAUCGUCUCAAUGCUUUCUGUUCCAAACGUCUGGUAUCGCCCCAAAGAACGAAUGGAAGAAUCUGACUCCGCGCGUGAAAAAUUCUUCGUCCCAGAAUCAGAUCACUUAACCCUCCUCCAUGUAUACACACAGUGGAAAACCAACGGAUUUUCCGAUUCUUGGUGCGUCAAGCAUUUCCUCCACGCCAAAACUCUCCGUCGCGCGAAGGAAGUCCGCGACCAGCUCCAAGACAUCAUGACUGCACAAAAGAUGCCACUCAUCAGCUGCGGCACAGACUGGGACAACAUUCGCAAAUGCAUCUGCUCAGGCUUCUACCACCAAGCUGCGCGUGUCAAGGGUAUCGGCGAGUUCAUCAACCUCCGUACAAGCGUUACGAUGGCUCUUCACCCCACGAGUGCUCUCUACGGUCUCGGCUAUGUGCCAGAGUUUGUCGUAUACCACGAGUUAAUCCUCACUGCCAAAGAAUACAUGUCCACAGUGACCGCUGUCGACCCUCAUUGGCUCGCGGAACUUGGUGGCGUCUUCUACUCCGUCAAAGAAAAAGGCUACUCGAAGCGUGACCGCCGUGUCACGGAAGUCGAGUUUAAUAAGCGCAUGGAAAUUGAAGCGCAGAUGGCUGAAGAUCGUGAGCGUGUUGCAGCUGAAAAGUUGCGCGAAGAAGAACGCAAUGAUCCUGCGCGCAGAAGAACUGAAGUCGAAGUCGGUGGUAAAACUGCUGUUCGCCGUCCUGUCAUUAGACCCCGGGGCAAGGCCGGUGGCUUGACAGCCUCUUCGUCUUCAUCUUCACGUCCGACUACUGGCGCGCCUCGGGGCGGUAGUGUGGUCAAGAGACCUUCCGUGAAGAGGAGACCUGGUGCUUUCUAG